AUGGAUGUUGAGCCAUUUGUAGCGCAGCCGGGCGACCAGGUGGUUGACCCUGAAGUGCGCUCGUUUAUCUAUGGCUUGGUGACUGCGCUCGGUGGAUCUGCGAACGAUGAAGCUGGGCGAUAUAUGCUUGGAGACGAUGCCCUGGGUUGCUUGCGUGACCUGAAGAAAUGGCUGCGAUUCUACGACGAGAAAUUGAAUCGGCUUGACGUCGCGAGGUGCAUUGCGGAGAGUAACCUUGUCAACGGUGACCUAAUACAAAUCUUAGCUCUAUGGGAUGAUGUUAAGCCGACGGACAAGUACAAAUCAAGAAUAAGUUUAGCAUGCUUAGAGCUUCUUGUCCCGUUGACAUGGCCGGUUGAAAUUCAUAGCGAGAUGACCGUUAAUCACCACAGACACACCCCCUACCUUCAACUUGCCCAGAUUUCCUAUAAAAAAGGAAUACUUGGCCAUGCUUCGAAAUCAAUCCUCCGAUCGAUUAUACGUAUUGGUCUCCCAAGUAUAACAACUCCCCGAGCGGAAAGAUCAUCCCGAGACGAAGGCAUUCUAAAACUUGUCUUAUAUCUAUUUAGAAAUGUGGCAGUUCUAGGCGUGACCGCAAAUCUAGCCGUUGAAGGAGACGAGGAUGAGGCUUCGAGGUCAAUGACAAUCAGUGCAUUCCAUGACCAAGAUGUGUUUGCCCUCAUUCUUACACUAUGCUCAAAUAUUGGAGAAGAGUUUACCUUCCAGGAUGUCAUUCUGCUUGAGAUAUUGUUUCAUCUUAUCAAGGGUGUCGACGUGCAUCAGCUAUUUAUGGACGAUAACCAGCGGAGUGCAACACGCACUGACGAGCUGAAGGGGCUGAUGGAUGCUGAAAGCAAUUUAAACCGUGAUCGCUCAAAGAACGCCCCCACUCGUCAUGGUAGAUUUGGGACUAUGAUUUGGGUAAAACGAGAUAAUGAAAAGAUGUCCUCUGUAUCGGGCCAAGAUGUUCUGCUUAAUGACCAAGCAGCCUUUGAUAAAAUGGAUAAAACCAAAAAAUGGAAUAAACCAAGAGGGAAACGGCCAGUGGUUGAUGAAACAUCGAACAACUUCAAUGUGCAAGUCCACUUGACCUCCUCUGCUCUCAAUUAUCUUCGACUUUUUGUUGAAGAGUUUCUUGACUCAGGGUUCAAUCCUUUGAUGACUAGCAUACGAAAAGCAAUGGAACGAGAAUCUGAUCGCUUGGGCGAAACCUCUUCUCGUCAUUUCUUUUUCGUCAGCUCUUGGUUUUUAAGCGCUGAAAGGGCGCGGCGUGAACAGCAGGAGGAAGCUCGCCAGAACGCCACUGGUUCCGCGAGGAACAUUGAACCUGAUAGUUUUGCUUUAGUAGCAAGCGUUCUAAAUCAGGAAACCUUUAUAGCCCUGAAUCGAUAUAUGCAAACCAGCCUUGAUAACAAAGAGUGGCAGGACCUCAACGCCGGAAUGCUGUCUUUCACACAAACGUUGCUUACAGUUCAAGAAAUGAGCAAAUCUUCUCUGGAGGACGAUCAAGAAAUUGCUGAGAAUAUCCUUAGCCGCAUUUUCUACGAAGAAUCAACCCAUGAUAGAAUAUUAUCCACCCUCAGAGGUUAUAAAGGACAAGGGUUUUGGUAUCUUGAUGCCUGCACAGAGCUUGCCCAUGUUUUCCUGCGCAUGUUGGAGCAAUAUUCAAAACAAAAUGUGGACAUGCAAGUCCGCUCUAAGCGAAUAUCAAGACGGAAGAAAAAGGCACAAAACCAGGGUCAGGAGAACCAGGAGGAAGAAGACGGCGGAUUUGGUAACUCAGAGGACGAAGAAGCAAAUGACAGGGCGGAAGCCGUCCGCAACGUCGCAGAGAGAUCCUUCGAUUUCAAGCGGUUUUGCAAUAAAUUUUGCACUCAGAACUCUGUCAACACUUUUGUUGCGCUGACGUCCUAUUAUCGCGAUUUGAGUGCCGAACAACUGAAACGAGCACAUAGAUUCUUCUACCGUGUUGCAUUUAAACAGGAUGUGAGUGUGUUGCUGUUUAGGUUGGAUAUAAUUGCCCUCUUCACUAGGAUGAUUAAGGGGCCUGAUGGCCUACUCUCCUCAAGACCUGAGUUCAGAGAAUGGGAAGAACUUGUUCGCCAAAUCCUAAAGAAAAUGUUCCGAAAGAUUGAUGAGCGACCAGAAUUGAUCACGGAACUACUAUUCAGCAAGAUUCCUGCGACGGUACACUAUUUGGAAUAUGGUCAUGAGAAACAGACUGUGUCAGUGGCAUCUCGACCUGCUGUGGAAUUGGAGGUAAAGCACAAUUAUACUAGAACCGCAGACGAAAAGCUCCGAAUCGUCAUCUCGGUCUUAGUUGCAGAUAACUGCGAGGACUUGGUUCGAUGGUUAUAUGGGGUCAUUGAUAAUGCACUUAAGGAUAGGAAGAGCUGGGAACUCGCAGAUCUAGCGCGGGGAACGCAAGACGCUACCGAUAUGACAGAUAUCACAUCAAGUACACCCGCAAUAGAAGUCUCGGCUCCUGGCGAGAAGCAUAAAACGGCAAUGUUCAAAAACGGUCACCUACGCCUCCUUUUCACUCUGGCUGGCCUAGAACUGGCGGGUGAAGAUGUACUGGGUACCCCUUGGAGCAUCCCAGGCUCUAUUUCAUCCACAGAACUCGAGGAAACACGCAGCUCCAUCCAGAAACACUGUGAUGACCCUGGCACUGAAAUUGACGGUGUCGACCCUCAUAAACUCAUACACCGAAAACGCGUAGCUGGCAAAGCUAUGAAUGACGAGGCUACAGCCCAGGUUGACUUUGGAAAUGAUUCUGAGGGAGAGGAACUUGGCCUUGACGAAGUCCUUUUCCCUCCAAACCCCCGUUCAAAGUCAAAAGUCUUGAAGGAGUUAAAACAGAAGAGGCGUAAAAAGGCAGGCGACGAUGAAGACAACCAGCUAGAUGAGGAGACCUUGAACGCUCGACGGCUUGCUCGUGAGCAGAAUGCGCUUGAGCGGCAGAGGAAAAUCAAGAGCAGCCUUUUUGUUAACGCCAGUGAUGAUGAAACUGACGAUGAAGCCGAUCAAGAAUUUUUUGCUCGAGAGGCAGAAAGACGAAAAAAGCAGGCUCAGCGUGUAGAGGAAGCUAUGGACAUUGAUGGCUUUGGUAACAAUGAGCUGGAUAAUACUACUAAGAAAGCAAAGGGGAAACGGAAGCAGGCCAUCUCAAAUGAUAGUGACGACGAAGAUGAAAAUGGUGGUCACAGGAAGCGCGCAAGGAGCGAAGAAGACGAGGAAUCGGGUGGCCCCCCUGGGCGUAAAGCGCAAACUCCGCCCACGUCUACGGAGGACGACCUCAUAUUCGAUAUGGGAGAGAAGUCGCCUGCCCCUAUUUUCCAGUGGACAUCAACUGCGGUUGACAGGCCGUCGAAACCUAUGGCUACAGCUGAACACAAUCCUGAUGACGACGAUGAAGACGAUGAGCCCGUCAUGACGACACGGACGCGACGGCCAAAGGUGAUGGCUGGUUUCGUGGUUGACAGUGAUUCAGAGUAA